CGGUGUGUGGCUAACUGACGGAGUUCCUUCGGUCACUCCAGCGGAGGUUUGGAGGUGUAAACCGAGCCGGACAGGAUCUUGUGGGGAGUCGCCGCCCGCCACUAAAGUGCUGCUUCGCCCAAGGAUGUAAACUAAGCCGCUAAAAGUCUGCCGGAUGAAGUUUAAGACGAGUUUUUGUUGACUUAAGAACACCAGCGACGAUGCCAUCUUUACCAGCGCAGGGUUGAUGAGAGGGUGGACCAAGACAUGAUGGUCAUUGGAGCUGAUAGCUGACACCGUGGAAUGAGAGAGGAUGGAGAAUAUAGACAAUCCUGCGCCAAAGAGUAACAACCCUAACGGGUUUGUCAACCGAGUGUUCAAUGUUUCUCUGGAUGUGGAGAAUGAGACGAGCACUGUUUAUAUUCAGGAGAUGCAGGGUGAGACUCAGCCUGCAUCUUUUCAGACCCCUGUCAAGGACAGACAGGAGGUCAACCGAAGAUCUCGUACCACUGGGGGCAUCUGGAAGAUCUUGAACCGGAAAAGAGCUGUGUCAGAGCUGGAGCGAAGACCCCACUCCAUGAUCCUCCUUGGGGAGGCUUCCAUCCCUAAACAGUCUUUUGCUGAUAAAGUUCGCUCCUUUAAAAAACUUAAAUCCCCUUCUGUGUUCAGAGGGAAGGCUGGGAAAUUGUCUAGCGCCAAGCUCAGCAGCUCUUUGGUGGAUGAGGAGUCUUUCUGCAGAGACAUUGGCACGCCACAGCAAUCCAGCAGGGGCACACUUAGACACCGUGGCAAGAGGCACUCAUAUGCUGGCUACACAGCAGAGUUCGACUGUUCUUUUGAAGACAUUGACCUCACCGCUCCGAUGGCCGACCAUCAACCCUGUGUGGUGCCAGAGGCUACAGUUCAGAACGGGUGUAAACCAUCAGAAAGAGUUUCCUACUCGAAAAGAAGCCACAGCAAUUCAACAAGCUGUAAUAAAACUGCAGGCUCGUGUGAGGAGCCAAGUAUUAAGAACAGCAAAAGUACCCACCAGGGUGCAGGAAGGCGACAAAAAGAUGUGUGGAGUUACCUGAGGAGGAUCUCUCUUCUGGGGAAGGCCAAUCCUGUCUAUUCAGAGAGGAGCUUUGAUUCAGAACUCCACUCUCUAGAUAAGACGAUCGACUCAGACUAUGGUUCUGUAGACCUUGAGAAUGUCAAAGACUACCAAACACAGCCCCCAAAACACUCUGACAUUAAGGGCCAUUUUGGUGGAUUGUUUAAAUUUUUCAAUAAUGUAGCAGAAACUGCCAGAAAAUGGCGGGCGACAUCCCGCUCGUUCUCACCUCCAGAGGAAGAGAGGACCCCGAUUAGCUCCCCUCAGGCUUCACAGCGCACAGUGCACAAAGUUCACAGUGUGACCCUCACACUUCACAGUGAAGGGCAUCCAAAAUGUCAGAACACCCCAUCCUCACCAUUGACCAGUAAAUCCUCACACUCGAGUAUCGUUGACCCAGCACAGGUCCCAGCACCUGUGACAGGUAGCAGAUCUCCGAAGAUUGUCUUAAAAGCUUUUCGGGCAUGUUCUGUGUCUGGAAGUGUCAAUGGCCUUCAAACCUCAGAACGUACAGGCAAACAUAUAGCGGUAACAACAAACCACAUGUCCUCAACUAUAAUAGAGAAGCAUAUCCCUCACGCACUUACAAACACUGAAUUGGAAAAAGGUGCUGAGCACGAAAGGAAUCCAUUAAACUGCUUUCAUCCAGGACGAAAGGUAGCGGAAGACAGGGGAAAUGAAGAAGAUUCCGAGGAUGCUGCUCUUGACUCGCACCGAAUACAGGAAGGGAUUAUCCAAGCACAAAAAGAUGGUAAAGAGAGCACAGCUGAUAGCGUUCCAGCCUCUGAUUCAACAGAAGAGAUAUUUAAGCUGUGUGAGCAGAUUGCAAGCCAGACAGCCUGCAGUGUAAGACUGCCAGGCCCAGCAUUGCCCCACUCUAGCACAGAGAAGACCUCUGUACCUCAGAAGCUACUGCGCCCUCGUCCCCGCCCGGCAUCAGCUGUAUUGGAUCUGCAGAAGCCAAACCCAGAGCGAGACCUCUACAACCAUUAUAGUGAGUUUGGCUCACUAUGUCGACGGAAGCACAGACCUAAUCCCACCGUGCAACACUCAUGGAUGACUGCUCGUCCCAGGCCUUGCUCUGUCAUUGAAACCAGUGUUAGUAGAGAGAUGCAGUCCACGGAGCUGCACAACAGAGCCUUGUCUCGCCCUCCGGGGGUGUCACCAUUAGAGCCCCCACUCAGGGCUUCUUUGCAGCGGUGCCGCUCCCUGCCUCUGCCCCCCAGCACCCUCACAGCCUUGGCUCUACUCCUGCCUCACUCAGAUGUGGGUCAGUCAUCAUCAGUGCGCCUGCGGUCUGGAGGUGGGAGCUGUAGGAGGAGGAGGCUGCUACGACCUGGGUCAGAACCACUACAGGUCAACAUUUUGAUAAGUGGAGGGUCAAUCGUCAACGCUGAGGCGGUAUGGGACCAUGUGACCAUGGCUGACCGGGAGUUGGCAUUUAAGGCCGGUGACGUCAUAAAAGUGCUGGAUGCUUCCAACAAGGACUGGUGGUGGGGACAGAUUGAUGAAGAGGAAGGAUGGUUCCCUGCCAACUUUGUGCGGGUGGAACCCCACCCUCCUCAGCCCCAAACAAAACAGGUUUUCUAUAUCAACCCCAUAGCAACUCCACGGUUCCAAAACACCACGUCAAAGUUGUGGGUGAAUCAGGAGGAUGGAGGAGCGGAACCAGCCGAAGGGACCAGUGAGGUUCAAAAUGGGCAUCUGGACCCAUCCAACGACUGCUUGUGUCUGGGCUCACCUCUUCAGAACCGUGACCAGAUGAGAGCUAACGUCAUCAAUGAGAUCAUGAGCACAGAGAGACACUACAUCAAACACCUCAAGGACAUUUGUGAGGGCUACCUGCGCCAGUGCAGAAAGCGCGUGGACAUGUUCAACGAUGACCAGCUGAAGGUUAUCUUUGGGAACAUUGAGGACAUCUACCGCUUCCAAAUGGGAUUUGUUAGAGACUUAGAGAAACAGUACAACACAGAGGAACCCCACCUUUCUGAAAUUGGACCAUGCUUCUUAGAACAUCAAGAUGGUUUCUGGAUCUAUUCAGAAUAUUGUAAUAACCAUUUGGAUGCCUGCAUGGAGCUGAGCAAGCUGAUGAGGGAUGGCAGGUACCAGCACUUCUUUGAGGCCUGUCGACUCCUCCAGCAAAUGAUUGACAUUGCCAUAGAUGGCUUCUUGCUCACCCCUGUCCAGAAGAUCUGCAAAUAUCCCCUCCAGUUGGCUGAGCUACUCAAAUACACGGCACAAGAGCACAGUGACUAUCGAUACGUGGCAGCAGCCCUGGCAGUAAUGCGUAACGUCACCCAGCAGAUCAAUGAGAGGAAGAGGAGGCUGGAAAACAUCGACAAGAUUGCCCAGUGGCAAGCGUCAGUUCUAGAUUGGGAGGGGGAUGAUAUCUUGGACAGAAGCUCGGAGCUCAUCUACACUGGGGAGCUGUCAUGGAUCUAUCAGCCAUAUGGGCGCAGCCAGCAGCGAGUCUUCUUCCUCUUUGAUCACCAGCUGGUUCUGUGUAAGAAGGAUCUGAUUCGACGGGACAUACUAUACUAUAAGGGUCGCAUUGACAUGGAUCGUUACGAGGUGCGGGACGCUAUUGAUGGGAGAGACGAUGAUUUCAACGUAAGUGUGAAGAACGCCUUCAAACUGUGCAACAAAGACAGCGACGAGAUCCACAUCUUCCUGGCCAAGAAGCCGGAGGAGAAGAUCCGCUGGCUCAGGGCCUUCCACGAGGAGCGGAAGAUGGUGCAGGAGGACGAAAAAAUCGGUUUUGAGAUCUCAGAGUACCAGAAGCGGCAGGCAGCCAUGACAGUGAGAAAGGUGACCAAACAGAAAGGUGUAAACAGGUGCACGCCCCCCUCAUACCCGCCCCCCCAGGACCCCCUCAGUGCGGGGCAGUAUGAGGUAACGGAGGACAUGGCACAAGGAGAAGUUUUUGAAUUCAGUCAAUCCAAAAGAGGCCAGGCUCCUUUCUGGCAAAAUUUUAGUAGAUUAGCUCCAUUUAAGAAAUAGAGACUCUUCUGAAGGACCAGCUAUUUUUUUCUUAGAAGCACUAAACACUGGAUGAUCAUGUUCCACCAUGAAGAAAAUAUACUUACUCAAGAGACUUUCAAAGCUAAGGACCAACGUUAACAUAGGGUGUGGUUGAAAGCGGCAGGAGGACUGACUAUUUUAACGGAACUGAGGGGAAAAAUAAAACCUGAAAAUUCAUAUGUAUGUUAAAAACAUGUUUAGUUCUGAACCGCCACACAUUUUCUCCCUCAGAUUCUGCAACACUCAUCAUCACACCAACUGAAUGUCCUGGAGUUCAUUGAGAUUGUUGUAUUUAUCCUUUUCAAAUCCAUCCUCCGAAGACACACACCGGGCAGCGCCAGGUCGUUGUAUGAUUGUGUCUGGGAUCUUUGCUGUGCUGCUACGUGAGAUUGCUUGUUGCAUUCUUGUGAAUGUGAGCCUAAAUAACGACAGGCCUUGGCCACCGACCGAGGCGGCUGAAGGACGUGCAAAGCUCGACUGCUGGGCGUCACCUCUCCCACCGCUUAUCACAGACCAUCCAUCCUCGACGCACGCUUGCAUCCGGAUCUCCUCUCAGCCGGCUCUGUAGUAGCCCUCUCGUCCCUCUCCUCUUCAUCCUGGCAUCUUCUUUAUCUCUCUGCCCACCUGCUCAGCCUCUAUGAGUCAGAGGAAGCACCUUGUUCCUUUAGAAAGCUGCCACCAGCCACGAUAUGACUCCAGGAACAAAUCAAUAGCGGGAACGUCAAUAGAAUAUUUACAUUCUUCCACCAAGCAGUUUUGACAGGGUAUUCAUAUCCCAUCACAUUGAGGGUCGCAGGCUGUGGGUUGUGGAGAGCUUGCCGCUCAGAUGAACCUGCUGGGAGCAGGAGAUAGGCAGGCUACGCUCCAGCCGCCUGGUGCCAGAGCCCCUCCUCUCUCUCCCCAGAGACCACCCCUGUAGCACUGUGCUGGCAGCUCAGAGACUGUUUGGAAAGAGCACGGCCCACCUCCAGAAAUACACCUAGAGCUAGUAGUGAGUGUUUUUUUCUUGUCAGCUCUUUACAAAACUACUUAUUUUGUAUCGCUCACACACACAAAAGGCAAGGACUGAUAAAUGCAGGAGAUAAUAGCAUAAGUAAAUAAGUAAAUAAGGUAGACCCUUAAACUCAAGGUGGUCAAAACAGGCAGACGUGAUAAAAGAGGUGGAUAGGUUCCUGUGGUUGUGAAGUAUUUCCGGACUGCAGAGUAUGGAUGUGCAAUAUGACAGCGUAGGAAGGCACAAGGAUGAAUUAUAAUGUGUAGCAUGCAGACAUCUUAUGAUUGUGGUUUGUGCAUCUCAACAGACUGCAGCCUCAAACCUUGGCACUACCCCCCUCGUGUUGUGUAUUCAGAUCUGAUCCAUGUUCUGGCACUUAGCGCCACACUGUUAAGUGAAUUACUGAAGACUGUGGCCUGAUCAGAUGGAUUUGUCUAACCGACAAUAAGCAAGGGAGAGAAUUUUUUUGUGAACACUUCUGUCGUAUUCUUUGCUACAGCUGGAAUGUAAGACAAACAUCUGUAGAUGGUUUGUGAGCGCAUUUUUGACCAGACAUAUUUUAUGUGGGAUACGAUAGACCUGUGGGGUGACGUUACAUCACAGUGGAACCUUGGUUUUCGUCAUUGAUUGGUUCUGAAAUGGACGACAAAAACUAAAACAGGCAAAAAAAAAAAAACAAGGCAGUUUUUCCCAUAGGAAAUUAUGUAAAACCAGACACCCAAAAAUAUGAACAAAAAAUACAUUUUACAGACAAUAAUUGUAGUUUUACAUGCAGAAUAUGAUGCAAAAUUAUGGUAAAGGACAAAUAGAUGCAACUAAAAUGUUGAUGCGGACCUCCAAACUCAACUCAAUGGUUGGCCGUUGGAGGUAGCGUCUGGGUGACUAUUCAGAUCAUUCAGAAUCACCUUUCAAGUGACUCAAUUGUCAACAAACACCACUAGAAGCUGUCACAAGCCUGAACUUUGGUGGGCCAUAAGUGCUAAAAAAUGAAUGGUAAUGUAAUGUAAAGGUAAAACAUGUAAAUGUAAAACAUAAUUAUAAAAAUAUAAUAUUAGAGAUGGUCAUUUAUAGGUACUUUAGCUUGCUUAAAGGAAGUUUAUUUAGGCAAGCAGGAGCCAAAAUGGGACUUGCAAUGACCUUUUCAGUAUAGAAGAAAUGGCAGGAGGUCAUUACUCAACAUAAAAGAAAUAACACUAUAACCAUCACACAGCAACUAAACUGCCAGUUCAGUGCUGGCUAUUGCUUGCCCAAUUAAGGAGCCUCUUCCUUUAAGCAAGCUAAAGUGCCUCUUACCAUCUCCCCAGGGUCUGUGGGCCUCCCUUUCAUUAAACUUUGGUUUACUCAAGAAGGAGGCCUUAAAAUAUGGUUGCCAGCUUGACCGAAGCAAAAUUUUUGACCGAAACCAAGGUUUGACUGUACUUUACUACUCAAUAAGAACGCAUUAUAUAUGAUUCUACGUUAUUUUGUUUGGCUUCCUGGGACGUUAGAAUUGAUUUGUAUUCUGUGCAAUCUGUUUUAUUUCAUAAAGGAAGUUAAGACAUGGAUGAGUGGUGUCUGUGGAGAUGGCUCCCAGUCAGAUUGUUCUGGAAGAUAAUUCCCUUUGCCAACAACAUACGGUUCCCAGAUCACGAUAACCUCAGGUCCAGUGCUGCGCCCACCCCCCACCUCCCUCGCCUCCUUCCUGUUCCACACACAGAUGCAAACGCACACACACAGAUACACAAUCAUGCGCACUUACUGGCCCGUUGUGCUGCGGAGAAGAGAGAUGCUAUCUAACAGUGCCUUCCAGCAUUCCACUAGUGAUUAUCUAUUCAGUUUCACAGGCAGAUUUGAAUUCGUCACGUAUUUUCCCUUCAGUGUGGGACUUUCAACAGUCUCUUCCUUUCUCUCUGGCUCUCUCAACUCUCAUACGGGGAAUUCUUGGUUUGCCGGUGCACGAGAUCCACCCGGACAAAGAUCUUUUUCCACAUACUGUGCACAAACACUUGUUAUGUUCCUUUAUCACACUAGCAUAGCCGUGAUUCUCUUGCACAAAUAUAAGUUAUUCUUACUUCAGACGUUUAGACAUAGAGUUGCUUUAUUGUUGAAAGAUGAUUACUUUGGAAUAUAUAGUAGAAAUCAUUAGUUUUCCUUCGUGGAGUUAGAGUAUAGUGUUAAAGACUAUUACUAGCAGUGAGUUAUGAAUUCAAUAAGAAAAAGUCAUCUAUUUUAACUUUAUGAGCGACACAAAUGUAAAUACUGUAAAAAGAACAGAUCAUAUAUUUGGAUAUUUUGCGUUGGAGACGAAUGUUGUUCCAGUUCUAGCGUACGGUAGAGCUCAGUACCCGGUAAAUGCAUGCUUGUGGCAUCCGAUACUUUGCAUGAGACUUAAAACAACUCUUUACGGUUUGUUUAGUUUCAUUUCAUUUCCGUGGUGAAGCCACUGCCAUCUCACUGCAAGGAGUCCACCUGUCUCCUGCUUGUGUCACGUUUACGCUCGUUUUACGCUUCUGUUCUUCGUCCACGUCGGGAAGAGAAGAGGGCCUUAUCCUGGCGUAGAGUCAAAGAGUGAGCUCUUGAUAGGUCAAAGGCACUGGCAUUCUCUUUUCCCAAAUAUUAGAGGUUUUUCUCGUCUUGUUUUUUUUUUUUUAUUCACUGGCUUAGCUCUUAACUGCUGGUUAUUUAUGGAACGCCAGUCACUGAGGCAAAACGGGUAUCGUUUUUCUAUGACAACCAAAUAGGAGUUAGCACUGAUCAUAGGUGUAUGUGUAUAGAUUUUUAGUCAAACAGAGGAGCGGAAUACAUGCAAACUCUGUGGGGAUGUGCUAAAAAUAACUCUAAUCCUGAAGACACACACACACAGAAUACUUCAUUACAAUUCAUAUCAUGCUCUUGUUUCAAAAUGAGAUGCUCUGAAGUACAAUGAUUUGACAGUAGAGAUUAUUUUCCUCGCUUGUAUUUAUUGAAUUAGUAGCCAGUAUUCAACGUUAUCAUUUUGGGCCAAUUUGUUCAAACCAUGUAUAUAUUGGUUCUGUUUAUCUGAUAGCGUUAACCCUGACCUUUUACACGAGGCCCAGAGGACUGCCUUUUGUUUUCCAGUCAUGAACCAAGACAGCCAAGUUAGCAAACUGAAUGCAGAAGAGGCUGCUUGCACCCUUUGUGUGCAUGCACUCACACGGAACAUGACGACAUUACCAAUACAAAUCCAGGGUACCACAUGGAGUCCAAUCAGCCAUAUGUAAUGUGGUUUUCAAUGACAAGGUGAACAGAGACUGGCGUCCCACUUUUACAAACACUAUUCGUUGUAUAAUACCAUCUAGUCCCAGGUCUGGGGUUUUGCUUAGCGCAGGAAAUGAACCUACACUACCCAAAUCCUUUUGUCGCCAUAUGCAAACAUUUCACAUUUUUCUUUUUGCUGGCAUUUUGAGUUUAUUUGUUGUAGAAAUGAAAAAUAAUGCCUAUUCAAUCCAGAAACUGUGAAUGGGAGAGUGGAGAUGUCAACUGUAUGUACAUUAUAUGUUUUGAUGUAAUCAGAAGCACUGGGAAUAUGUUGUACUUCGCUGUAAAAAAAAAAAUCCAUAUCUGAUAUAGCUGUACUUUUGUUGAAAAUAAAACCUCUACAGAACGGU